CUGAGGUCAGUUGGCAAUUGGCUUCGCCAUUGUGAUCAUCUAACUGAGGCCUCUCUCUCUCUCUCUUCGUCUCUCCGUGCUCUUCCUCCACAGAAAUGCUUGGCAUUUAAUCCAACCUCCCUCGCUCGCUUUCUGGGCAUUUGUCCUCUACAAAACCCAUGACCCCUCCUUCCUUUUCCUGUCUCCCUCCCACUCUGUCGGCCCCUCUCUAGCUCAUCUGCUCGAGAUUCAGAGCGCAUUGCAGCUCCAACAGCCAUAACGACUUGAAACCUCGGAGCCUGUGAAAAACCGAGAGCAGGGAUGAAUGGUGUUUCAGACCACUCCGAGUUCGUGGAAGUCGACCCUACUGGCAGAUACGGAAGAUACGAUGAAGUUCUCGGCAAAGGGGCCUCCAAAACAGUUUAUAGAGCCUUUGAUGAGUAUGAAGGAAUUGAAGUAGCAUGGAACCAGGUGAAGCUUUACGAUUUCCUGCAGAGCCCCGAGGACCUUGAGAGGCUCUACUGUGAGAUUCACCUUCUUAAGACCUUGAAACACCCCAACAUAAUGAAGUUCUAUACUUCUUGGGUUGACACUGCCAACAGGAACAUCAACUUUGUUACCGAGAUGUUCACCUCCGGCACUCUCAGGCAGUAUAGGUUGAAACACCGGAAAGUGAACAUCAGGGCAGUGAAGCAUUGGUGCAGGCAGAUUCUCAAAGGCCUGCUCUAUCUUCAUAGCCAUAACCCCCCAGUAAUCCAUAGAGACCUCAAAUGUGACAACAUCUUCAUCAAUGGGAAUCAAGGGCAGGUUAAAAUCGGUGAUCUCGGGCUCGCUGCAAUCCUUCGGAAAUCUCAUGCUGUCCGUUGCGUAGGAACUCCCGAGUUCAUGGCUCCUGAGGUGUACAAGGAGGAAUACAAUGAACUUGUUGACAUUUACUCUUUUGGGAUGUGCAUGUUGGAGAUGGUUACGUUCGAAUAUCCUUACAGCGAGUGCAAUCAUCCAGCUCAAAUCUACAGAAGAGUUGUUUCUGGGAGAAAACCGGAAGCUCUCUACAAAGUUAAAGAUCCUGAGGUGAGGCAGUUUGUUGAGAAAUGCCUAGCAACGGCGUCCCUUAGGUUACCUGCUAAGGAACUUUUGAAGGACCCUUUUCUCCAAGUUGAUGAUAUCGGGUCUGAUCUAUAUCCGUCAGAGGAAUUUGGGGAAGUGGGCCCUCUUCUGAGACUUCCCUACCAUGGAAACCAUCACAAUUAUGAAGCAUUGAUGAACGGCUGCUCUCACAAUUAUCUCGAUGAUGGUCAACCCGAACAUGAGUUUGAAGGGGGUGAAAUCGAUCUUUUCACUUAUCAAGAGGAUGAAGAUUCGGUAGGUGUUGGCAUCACUGUCAAGGGAAGGAGGGAAGACGAUGGAAUUUUCUUAAGACUCAGAAUUGCAGAUGGUGAAGGCCGAAUCAGGAACAUAUACUUCCCUUUCGAUAUUGAGUCAGACACUCCUCUGAGUGUUGCAACCGAAAUGGUGGCAGAGCUCGAUAUCACAGAUCAAGAUGUGAAUAAAAUAGCGGAGAUGAUUGACGGUGAGAUUGCCACUUUGGUACCUGAGUGGAAGGCAGGACCCGUGGUAGAGGAUGAUUGGCAUCCCGAUUCUGGGAAUCUCCACUAUACUUGUGCUUCAACCGGGUCAACGUCCGAUUAUGUGAGUGCUUCGAAUUCAAAGAACCUUCAAGUCCUUGAGGCCUCGCAUCAUGGUUGUGCAGAAGUCCAUGGACGUUUCGAGGAGAUCACAUACCAGGACGGUCGGGUCCCGUCUAGCCGAACAGAUGGUGCCCAUCACACCGAUGUACGGGCCCAGCAUGAAUCAUCUAGUUCAAGAAUAAUCUACUGCGAUGACACCCACAAGAUGAUCGAGAAACUAUCGCUUGAGAAUGAUGAUGAGAAGAUCAUUACCGUGGAUGAUCAGAGUGAGUCAAGUUAUAGUGUCAGGAAGUCCUCUUAUUCCAUAGACCCUCAGUCACCAAUGUUGGAAGAUUACGAGAAUGAGAUCAGGCGGGAACUGAGAUGGCUCAAGGCGAAGUACCAAAUGCAGCUGAGGGAGAUCAGAGACCAACAGUUAGGAGAUCCAUCACGUUCAUCACGUCCGGCCCGAUUGAAUCGAGCAGCCAACAACAACGGCCGGAUCUUGAAGUCUCUUAGUCAAGAUAAGCCUAUGAGUUUAAAUUUCAAUCCCAAGGGCAGGUGUGCAAAUGCUAUGGCUAGUGAGUCCUUCAGCCCCGACUGUAUGACCACAGCCAAGAGCUUCUUUACGGGUGCUCUACUUCCUCAGCCACUUAACCGGGCAACUUCCCUUCCAGUCGAUGCUGUCGACUUCUGAAACACCUAAUUUAAAAGGCUCGAAAUAACAAAAGAAAUAUUCAGUUUAGUGGCAGAUAUUGUCGGGAAUUUCCCUGAGGGGGCACUUGGGUGAGGUGAAAUUAGUUCAUGUACAUUACUCUCUGAUCUUAUGAUAUACUGAAAUGCAGUACAGUGCUAUACCAAGUUUUCUUACUUCCGAUGAGUGGGAAUUCUCGUACUAGUGCAUGUUCGUUGUGGGACCAUGGAAAGAAAAUGAAAUGGAAUCAAAUUACAAAAUAUUAGCGUA